UUUUAGGGAGGGAGAAUUUUGUCAGGGGGAGCUUUUCGGCACAACACCUGUUCUCGCCUACACAUACUGUAUUUUCCCAGUUUUAUUUUCCUACGACGAUCAAUUAAAUCGAGUUAAGGAGGAAACGGACACAUUUUCAGCCUGAAUGCAGGAUGUUUUAUUUACGAGCCGGUCCACGGCGGACACCAGUGUAUUACCGGCUGUGCACAUAGAAGUCGGACGUAAAAUUAAAAACGAUGUAAAACGAAUAGCCUAAUACUGCCAUCUUGCUGCUGGUUGGGCUACUAUUAUUACUGAUUUAUAAACAAUCUAUAGUCCAUAAACUACUUAUGAAUCCUUUGUCUUUUAAACUUUUAACGUAAUAUUGUUUGGUUACAAACUAUAUAAAAACGUGAUGCCAUUCUGCAUCCAUAGCUUCUUCCAGUUACGAAUUUGAGUGUAACGUUAGCAGGCUAGGCUACAUUUAUCCAGCCCUACAGCAAACCAAGUGGUGGGUAUUUCGGCGAAAACAUAAAUUAAGGAUUGUGCCUUUAUUGUGACAGACCGUUUCAUGGUGAUCGGAGAUAAAUAGCAUAGUAGCCUAUAGUUGGUGUGGGGUCUAGUUCACCAUGUGCUCAUGGCAACACUGUAUCAAUAAUGCAAACUUCUAAAUAAAGGUUACUCACGCAGGUAAAACAAGCGGACCUGACACGUCGAGUGUGUCUAGGAGCACUGACUGAGCGCAACCACGAUGGCAAAGUUCCUGACUCAAGACCAAAUAAAUGAAUUCAAGGAAUGCUUUUCACUCUAUGACAAGAAGCACAAGGGUAAAAUUGAGGCCAAGGACCUGAUUAUAGUCAUGCGCUGCCUGGGGGUCAGCCCCACUUUCAUUGAGGUGGACAGACACCUGCAAAUCUCCAAGAUUGAUAAGUGCGGAGAGCUGGACUUCUCCACCUUCCUGACCAUGAUGCACCAGCAGAUCCAGCAGGAGGACCCCAGAGCAGAGAUUCUGGAGGCCAUGAGGAUGACGGACAAGCAGAAGAAGGGCUACAUCCUGUCCUCGGAGCUCCGGGCCAAGCUCACCGGGCUGGGAGAGAAGCUCACUGAUAAAGAAGUUGACGAGCUGCUGAAAGAGACUGGCGUGGGACCAGACGGAUGUGUCCACUACGAGGAGUUUGCCAAAACAAUGACCCUUCCUUCUACAAACUGCUGAGCAGCCAUCAGGCCGGACACGAUCAUACUGUACCACAAAAGUGCACUGAUUCAAAGCAUCUGCAUGCGGGCUGCCCACUAACAACAUGUUGAGAUGAGAAGUUAUUUUUUUCUUUAUUAGCUUUGAGGUAUGUGUUUCUAUUGUUAUUACGUUUUCCUUAUAUUCCCAUGAUAUAGAUUUGUAUGUUGAAGGAAGCAAUGGUGUGCCUGGUUGAAACGUCUGCUCUUUAAAUAUUUAGCUAAUACUAACUGGCAUUGUUAUAGGUUAUCACUUUUACCAAGUAAUCAUUAAAAAGCCCACUGACAUCACAAAGUAAUGACAUUGUUCUUAUUGAUACAAGAGCAACUUGAUUUCUUGAUAAUAAAUGGACCAAUCAUUUUGGGUCCAAACGUG